GUAACACAUCAUAUGUAAAUAAACCGCCCAUACACAUUUCAUUCAUCAGCUGUUAGUUUGUAAAAGCCGAAAGCAAAACUGGUAUUUUCGAAUCGGCGUCGGUCGUGCUCGUAUGUAAUAAAAUUCGCAAGAAAUAAUCGAUAAAGUAGCCGGAAUCGUUAUUUAGGUGACCCAUUUUUCCCUAUCGCUGACAUUCCGUAGAAACAAAAAACAUGAACAGUCCUCAUUUGUCUAGAGGAUCUAAACAGCCUCCACCACCAAAAUCUGGAAAAUUGCGUUUGUACAGCAAUCGCUUUUGUCCAUAUUCACAAAGAGUUGUUUUAGUGCUAGAUGCUAAAAAAAUUCCAUAUGAUGUUGUCAACAUAAACCUUUCAAAUAAACCGGACUGGAUCUACGACAAAAACCCCUAUGGCAAAAUUCCCACCCUAGAACUCGAUAAUGGUGAUUGUUUGUAUGAAAGUUCAAUUAUUGCCGAUUAUCUGGAUGAAAAAUAUCACCAACACCCAUUACAUGCUAAGGACCCAUUGCAAAAAGCCAAGGACAAAAUUCUUAUCGAGCAAUUCAAUAGGAUAAUAACGACAAUGUACAGGGUGAUGAUGAAUGUAGGUAGAAUCGGCCUUGAUGAUGACGAGGCUAUAUCAGAAGGCUUAACCACGUUUGAGAAAGAGCUAGGUCGUAGAGGUACUCAAUUUUACUCGGGGAACAAACCUGGUAUGUUGGACUUCAUGAUCUGGCCCUGGUGUGAAAGAGCAGACAUACUGAAAUUGUUUGGAAACCAGCAUCUUUUGAAGAGAGAAAAGUACAAAAAACUGAUGGAAUGGCGUCGCAGAAUGACAGAAGAACCAACUGUUAAGAAGAGUAUUCUCGAUUCUGACUACCAUAUCAAGUAUUUACAAUCAUACAGAGCUGGAAUGCCAGAUUAUGACUUCAUUCUGAAUUCGAAGUAAAUGUUUUUGGAACGUUCAGCUUUGGUUGUUUUUGGACUGACGUGCUUGGAAUCACAUUUUUAUGAUACUUGUAUUCCGCGAAGUACCUUCAUGAUGGCUUCGUGGUUAUAAACUGAAUAUGACCAGUGUACUGGUCAUAAUCAGGACUUUGUGGCAUUUAAUAACGUUUUGAAUCCUGCUUAAGUACAUUAUAAUGUACGUUUUAUGUAUAAGAUUAUAGGAACAUGAUAUUCGAAUUGUUAUGCACAAAAAUGUUAACAAUAGCUGAUACUUUAUUUAUAAUAUAGUUGUGAGUACUAUUUUGCUGAAACUUAUUGUCUUUUAUAACUUUUUCUAUUAUAUAUACACAGUUAUAUAAUGUAAACUUCACUGUUGUAUUUUAUAUUAUAUGUAGAUAUAUAUGUAUUAUUGAACACUUUGUUAUAA